UCAUAUCAUAGUGUUAGAAAUCUUCACCUAUUCAUCAUUUUCUUGUAAAUAGAUUUGGUCACCAAUAUCAUAUAUCUUAAUCGAACUUUAUCUUCCCCCAAAUUGGUAAACUGAAAUGGUUCUUCAUACCACACAUAUGUAUCAGCAUUGUAAACAACCAUCUUGUGUGAUCACUGCACCAAAUUCAUGGCUGUUCAUAAUCUUUGGUGUCAAUAGGUUGAGAUGGUUUUAUGAGCUAGCUAGGCAGUGAAUGGGGAACAGAGGGAAGCUUAUAAUUGGCUGGAAUGUUGUAAGAAGCUAUGCCAAAUUUUAAGGAAUUUCUAGCAACCCAUGUGCUUGUAAUUUCCAUUACCAUAAAUAUAUGGGGCAACAUUGGUGGAAGAACUGCUCUGCCCAUCCAUAUUUUUUGUUUGUUUUCAACAGCACCAAAACCCCAUUGUUAAAUAACAGAGUUGGAAACAUAAUCUGAAUUCUUUGAAUUAGAAGUUAGUUAAAUCAUUUCACCCAGACAAAGCAAAACUAUGUCUACGAAGUUUUUUGGUUUUUAAUGUUCCCCUAAAAACAAAGACUGCAAACUCUAUUUGCACUUGGAUCAACGUAUCCAUUUUUUUUUUUUGGGGGUAACUUUUACUUGAAUUAUGCUCGGAUGCUCAGACCAAAUUGCUUAUUUUUUUAUGCUAUGUCCAUCUUUUCUCAGCAUUGACAAUGCCACCCAAAGAAAAGUAAAUUAUUGAAUAGGAAUUCUUUAAUAAGGGUUAUGGAAGCAGUUGACUUACUUACUUUGCAUGGGGUGCAAGUGGAUUUGGCUGAGUAUAUAUAGCACAGUUCAUAUCCUUAUAUCAGCAUCUGCAUACUAAGUCAGACUUCUAAAAAUUCCCAGUCAAAUUGUCUCAUUCAUUUGCAGUACCUGAAUAUCUGGUCUGGACAUUGAAGGUAACAGCCAAAUUGUUUCAUAUCCUUUUCUUUCUUCCUUUUUCGUAAGACAUAGGCUUUUAUAAAUUUUUUGAUAUGUUGGUUAUCAACUUCAUCUUGAACUUACUAAAACCCACCGUUUUAUGCAUCCCAUUAGUGUAUAAUGUGUUUCAGUUAAACCUUUUGUAUGAACAUCAGGCAAGGCCAACACUAUGGAGGAAUUGGAAGCUAAUUGUAUGCAAAUGGCUCUGAUACUUGAAUGCGAAGGAGACAACAAUCGGUUGCAAGAAGUUGGUGGGCUUAUAAAGGAUGCCGCUGCUGCAGAGCUAAAUCUAAAAUCCAGAAUUGAAGAGGCUGAGAAGCUGCUUGCAAAGAUCAGGCAACAUAAGCUUGAGCUGGCUGAAGACAUAGCGCAAAGGGUGUGUGAUCGGAGAUGUACCCUUCUUCCUCGGUUGGACUGCUUGAUUUGUUAUGGAAGGGGACUCGAACACUGCUUGACCCUGGAGAGGGAGAAAAUGAAUAUAUUGCAACUAUUUCUGCUUCGUUUCACAGACAAAUCUAACCAAAGAAAACCAAUUAAGCCCUGCUUGCCCGGAGAAGAGAUAGCUAAACGUAAAUUGAAUUUCAGGAUGGGACACGGAACCAGAAGUUUGGCUAAGGAAAAACAGCUUCUGAAACAGAUCAAUGUGAGCCAGAAGGGGGGUGUUUGUUUAUUUUCCUCACUUGAAGAGGAAUAUCAUAAGCUUCCAGAAUAUUAUUCGUGGUGGCAUUACGAGAGAUGGUAUCAGACCAAUCAGAGAAAUAUAGUUCAAUACCGCCUAAGACAAAUCCAACAACUUAAAUGGCAAAGGGAAAGUUUGGCAGUUCUAUUGCAAGGGCAAUGGGAUGAAGCUAUUGCUAAAGCUAGUGGGAAUGCUAAUGCUAAUGCCAAUGCUGCUGCCAAUGCUAUUGCCAAGGGAAAGAUUUGGGAUUCUUUGGGUUCAAAAAAGUCCUUACUGGAACAAAUCAAAGUUACUGGUAAGGCGAUAGAUGGAUUAACUAAAUUACUGUUGGCUGUGCGGCCAAAAAUUAACCAAGUUGAGAAUGAAUUGAAGGUCGCUGAGAAAGAUAUAGAGACCUUGCAGAAAAAACUACCAUGGAUUGAUCAGAAGAAAGAUGAAGCACACCAAUGCAUUCACAAACUGAAAAAACAACAGAGUGAGGAGAUAUGAUGAGUUAGUUUAGUUAAACACAGUCAGUGUGUUUAACAAGACUUGGCCACUUGUUGGCAGUCAGUCAGCAAGUCCUUGCAAGUUGAGGAACUCCACCCACCAAAUACCAAACCACAUAUUCAUUACCACAACAAGAAAAUGAGAUGGCAAUUAGCUCUUUCGUCAAAGCAAGAGGGAGAUGCCAAUCCGCUCACCUUAUUUAUGAAAAAUUAUUAUGUGUUCGUACCACCAAGUGACAUGCAAAUUAUUGAUGUGCAUUAAUGUAGAUUUUAGUGCAAAGUAAAAUCAUUUUAGUGUAUUGAAAAUUAUGUGUUUCUCUUUUUUUUUGGUAUCACUGAACAUGAGAAAUUUGAAUUUAAGAUCUCUUUUGUGUAUUUCUAAAAGAGAUCUUUUAUUCAACUCAUUUUUUCUUUCAGAUAAUAGCAAGAUCUCUUUUGUGUAUUAUUA